UUGUUUAAUUUUGGUAAAUUUAACUACUAUUCGCGCGCAAAAUGGGUAAGAAAAACAAGGGCACCACGCCCAACCUGGGGCGGACGCUCAUCAAAGAUCGUUUUGGGCACACACAGCGACGCAAGGUGGACAACGACACAAUGCUCCACACCACAGAGCUGCAGGACGGCUACGACUGGGGACGUCUCAAUCUGUCGUCUGUGACUGAGGAGUCCUCGUUUCAAGCAUUCCUACGCACAGCAGAGCUGGCCGGAACAGAGUUCCAGGCGGAGAAGCUGAACAUAACUUUUGUGAAUCCGAAGCAACGUGUGGGGUUGCUCAGCAAGACUCAGGAGCAGCGCAUGCACCAGAAGCAUCACGAGCAUCGUGAACAUCUGAAAGUACCACGCCGCCCCAAAUGGGACAAGAAUACCAGUGCCGAGGAUUUGGAGCGGGCCGAGAACGAGGCUUUCCUCAACUGGCGCCGGGACCUGGCUCUGCUACAGGAGGACGAAGAAAUCCUAAUGACGCCCUACGAGAAGAAUCUAGAGUUCUGGCGCCAGCUCUGGCGUGUAGUGGAGCGCUCUGAUGUCGUCGUCCAAAUCGUCGACGCCCGCAAUCCACUGCUCUUCCGCAGUACCGACCUGGAAAGCUACGUGAAAGAGGUGAAGUCCACCAAGAUGAAUAUGAUUCUGGUGAACAAGUCCGAUCUGUUGACGGAGGAGCAGCGAAAGCAUUGGGCUGAAUACUUUGACUGUGAGGGCAUUCGCACUGCCUUCUACUCUGCCACCCUUGUGGAGGAGGAACUCAAGCGAGAGGCAGAAGCCGCCCGUCAGGAGUCCUUUCCCGCGCUGAAAGAACUGCGCGAUGCUGCCGAUGAGAUCCAGCAGUCCUUGAACAAGGUCGAAGGCGCACUCGAUGCCAUCAAUCGAAAGGUGAAGCCAGACGACGUGGCGGAGCAGCUGCUUGGCGACAGAAACAGCCCCCGUGUGCUCUCUCGAACGGAGAUGAUUGAAUUCCUGCGGCGCAUCUACACAGGACCACGCCACACAGAUCAGCACGUAACCAUUGGCAUGGUCGGCUAUCCCAACGUGGGCAAGAGCAGUACCAUAAAUUCCCUGAUGACAGUCAAAAAGGUAUCGGUGUCGGCCACACCCGGCAAGACCAAACGCUUCCAGACCCUAUAUCUGGACAACGACAUCAUGUUGUGCGACUGCCCUGGCCUGGUCAUGCCCAGCUUUGUGCUGACCAAGGCAGACAUGCUGUUGAACGGCAUUUUGCCCAUCGAUCAGAUGCGUGACCAUGUGCCCGCCGUUAAUCUGCUCUGCGAGCGCAUACCGCGCCACGUCCUCGAGGACAAGUAUGGCAUUGUGAUAGCAAAGCCCGUUGAAGGCGAGGACAUGGAACGUGCCCCACAUUCUGAGGAGUUGCUUCUUGCUUACGGCUACAAUCGCGGCUUCAUGACUUCUAACGGUCAGCCGGAUCAGGCACGUUCCGCCCGUUAUGUACUGAAGGAUUAUGUUAAUGGCAAGCUGUUGUAUGCCAUGAGUCCGCCGUCAGUCACACAAGCCGAGUACCAUACAUUUCCCGAGCGCCAGCGUAAGGAAAUCGAGGAAUCACAGCUGCCCAGUCAACAGCAGCGCGCCAUGCGCAUCGACAAGAGCACGUCCAAGGAGCUGGACCAGCAGUUCUUCGAUGACAAACCGACGCAUGCCCAUGUCAAGGGACGCACCAAUUUCCCAAAUGUUCGCCUGGCUAACGAUGGCACUUUGGUAGCCAAUGCAGGCCCCACAGACAAGCCCUGGCGUCAUGUCAAAAAGGAGCGUCGCGAGAAGCUGCGCAAGAAGUUUUCCCAUUUAGAUGAGCACUAAGUGCUAAGUGUUUCAAGCACUGAUCAUAUUUAUAUUGUACACUAUUAGGACUAGAAUUACCUUUUACCUACGAAUGAAAGGAUAUCCCCAGGGGUUUGCAAGCUAUACUCUCGUAUACUGUAUGGUUAUCUGUAAGAUAUGCCCACUGGGGUUCCGUCUAAUCUA